AUGUUAACAGAGAUAAAUCCAAAUAUAUCGAUCAAUAAUUCUAAGGAAGAAUUCUUGAAAUCGGGGCUCAACAAUCCCAAAACCAUUACUGAAGAUAUUUCAAAGCAGACAAAUCAAUUUGAAAGUUUGAAAUUUCAAUAUUUGGAACAAGAGGCAAGAGAUAAGUUUUUGAGAGUAUUAUUGAAUAAUGAUCCCAUCACUAUUAAGCAUGAGGAGUUGAACAAAACACAAAUAGAGACGCAACAGACAAUUCAACAAGAAACCAUGUUGACGUUGGAAAUGAACGAAAAACAAAGCCAAGUUGAUGAAAUGACUAAAGAAUUACUUGAUUUGAACGAUAAAUUCAACGAGAAAUAUCAGAGAAAUAUGGAACUCUUAAAGAAAAUGGAACACUUGGAGAAAGAAAUUGACUUCAUGGAUGUUGAUAAAUAUUUGUUGGAUGAAGUGGAACUUGAUAACUUCACCAGUCUUGAAGAUUAUAUUAGGACACAAAAUGAAAAAGUUUACGAUGGUAAAGCAUUAUUAAGGCAGCUUGACGACGACAUUAAGUACAAGAAUCAGAAGUUUGCUGAACAGUCCGAUAUAAUUUCAGAAUUGAACCAAGUUCUAAACGAUUUACUCUUGUCGAACAACCAUUCCAUCAAGAGUGAGAAUAAUAAUAUCGGAAAAUGGAUAAACGAAAUUAACAAAAUCUUGAGUAAAUUCACCACCGUCAAAUUCGACAUAGUGAUCAAUGAGGUGAUUGAAAUAAUCGUUGGCAGUAGUUAUUUCAAGUUAGAAAAACUGAAUUUAUCAUUAAUUGAGAGUAAUUGUAGUAUAGACCCCAUAAAAUUUGAUACCGAGGAUAGAAUAGAUUCAAUACUGAAAAUUAUCGUGGAACUAUCCUCAUGA